AUGGCUACCGUCAUUGCAUCCAACUCGCAGAAGUGGAUCGCGUCCCAGUUGUCUGCGACCGCUGCGGACGAUCGCCCUUCACGAACCGAGUGGUACUAUGUACGAGAUCGCAAUGGCGUGCCACUGCCGGGUCGGAAUCUGGUCCUUUGGAACGACGAGAGACUCGAGUCUGAAGCAGCUCGCAUUCGCGAGAAGCACUGGGACGAAAUGAAGACACUGGUCGCGCCCCAGCGAUUCGAAGACCUCUACGAGUAUUUCGACAGUGCAACCUUGUACAUUUCUGGCGUCGUCAACUUGUGGAAUCUCAUCAACCUCCUCGCGAAUGACGCGCGCCACAACUGGCGUGAGGUUGAGAAGCAGGUCGCAACCGAGUGCAACAACUGGGUCUUGGACUGGCUCGAGGCCUUGCCUGGUUCCGCAUUCAACCGCGAGUCUCUCGUCAAGUGGAACCAGAAGAGCGACAUCCUCACGGCGGUCACCAGCCAGUUUGAUUGGGAGAACGACCUCAAGGCUCUCGACCUUGUUGGCCAGAACUUCCUGCGCGAGUGUUUCUUAUACCACUUUGAGCGUCUCACUGGCAAGAAGCCCAACGUUGCGCGCUUCUACACUCACGCCGCAGAGAGCAAGCCCAUGUCGGCUCGGAAACCAAUGGCGGCAGCGGCUGGUACUACUGCCAAUGCCUCAACCAGUCCUACUGACGUUCCCCUUCCACCGUCGCCCAUUCAGACUCUCUCUACCAUCCCCGAGGAGAGCGCUGCCAUAAAGACUGCUACGAAGCCUCAAGGCCUUACAAUUAUUACGGAUUUAGCCCCCCAGCUUCCCCUUCAGACGGUGUCUGCACCCGCGACUGCGGUUCCACGCAUCACAGUCGAGCCGUCGCCCGUCAAGGAAGCUGAGGAUGUUUCCGAGAACAACGGCCGCAAAGACAAGAUCGAAGACGACUUCCUGACCAACCAAGAUUUGGCCGAUCGUGUUCAGAUCACGGCGCGACAACUUUCAUCCCAAUCGACGCCUGGAGAGAGGCAAGAUUCCAUACUCAACCCUUUCACGAACAACGUUCCGCCUCGUGCGGUGUCCGCCACGGAGACAGCUGGGGUUUCGCAGUCCGCACAUCGACUGCAACAUACGUUCCCAGAGAAAUCUGGCACGAUGCCUCGCAACAUGUUCGGAAACAAGGCGCCUUUUCGGGGGCCGCCAAGGUCUCCCCAAGGAUAUGGUCCCUAUCGCCAGCAGAUUCCAGCCAACAUGCUCGCUUUCUCUGGGGAGCGGUCAUUCCUGCAGCAGAGAGCCCCGAUCGGGCCCUCGCAACAGCAGCACAUGAUGCAGGUUUUCGGUCCGCCCAAUAACGGCAUGCAGCCACCGCCUGCAGGCUUCAUCCCGCCAACUUCAACCCAAGGCGUGCCCUCAAACCCGGAUGGUUUCCCUCCCCCAGCGAAGGGUCUUCAAAUGGAUGGUGCUAUGGAACCAAUGCUAGGCCUGCCCGCUAUGGAUUUUCAGAACCAGAUGCCAGUGCGUCCGCCUUACAUGGACCGGCCUCAAUUGAGUCAUUCUCAGGCACCCCCCAUGAGUACGCCACCUCAGUACAUGGGCCAGCAAAAUGUCGAUGUUCCCGUGUAUCGGCCCAAUGGGUACAUCCCUCAUCCCCAGAAGCAGCUUGUUCGUGAUAAGGGAAACAAGAAGAGGCGUCCUAACGACCGUCGCGACAGCGUCAACUCCAACGGUUCGCGCAGCAAGGUCCGCGAUGAUCCAAUUCAUGGGCCUGUCUACUCCUUGAAGUCACGCAAGGACAGCAAUACGCCGACCGGACCACAGUCAUCGAACUCGAACGGCUGUCUGGCCAUUGAUCCGACGCCCCCGGCAUCUAACCCCAAUCCUGAAUGCAAGAACAACCGACAUGGCGAGAAAACCAGGAAAGUCCCUUACGAUUUCGUCGAUUGCCCGUGCUACCAAUGUUUGAGAUCAUCCAGGAGCCUGUUUGUCAAGCACGACAAACUUCCUGCGGACAGGGUCCAGGCCGCCCUCAUGAAUUACAUGAGUGAAUGGGGAGCUGUGAGAGUGGUCGUGCAUUGCGAUGGACCCGGAUCUCUUGUGGUGUUCAACUCCGAUCGCGAUGCCGUUCGGGCUAUGCAAGACCUCUGCAGCAGGCCAAACAAGGGAAGAAAUAUCCCCGGCUUGGGCCAGGUCACCAGCCUUUGGUAUGCAUGGUACUCAAAACACUAUACGCCUCCUCACGAGAACCCAACUGGUCUUCCUCGGGGUCUUUGGGAGGCCAAGGGCCUACGUCGCCGCUCGAGCUCAACUCUGAGCCGUGAUUCAAACCCAUAUCGAAACCAGCAGCCGAACAACAUCCACUUCGACACUCCUAAUUUUGCCAACUUAGGUCACUGUCAACAACAGCCUCCUGUUUUCUGGGCUGGUGAGGCAAGCGGCCCAUUCUUCCCCAAUAUGGUGCCUGUUCCCCAGCAACCGACGCAACGUGGAAUAUGGGAGCCCGAUAGUGCGGAUCAGAACCGGAAGCCCAGCAAGACGGAGUCUAGACCCAAGAACGGGUUGGAGUACCAGCCCAAGACAUAUCCCAAGAGGCCUGAUGGUGUCACGGCGUUGAAGGAAGACUGGAGAUCCAAGCCGCCCGCAGAAGAGGUCAUUGAAGACAUCUCAAGUGACGAGGCCGCCGCCGCCGACAGUUUGAGCAACGUCUCGUCUCAGGGUGCUAGGGGCAUCAAGGUCUGCCUGCCGAAUGAGACUGGAUCUUCGCGCUCACGGAGCGUUUCGCCCCAUGUCGGGGACGUUCCCAGUGAGAGGCAGGUCUGCAAUGACUCACCAGAACCGAGUGAAUGUGCCAGCCAAGAGGGUGGACAGACUCAACGUGAUGCAGUUCAGGAUUCGGACGCAGAAGCUGUUGCCAAAGAUGAUGGUCCGGUCUCGUCAUGCUACAGAAAGGAAACCGCACACCUUGCUGUGCCGGGGGAGGAAUUCCAGCCUCCCGUCAUUGCCGGACAAGCACAGCCCAUGGAAAAGCAUAUCAAGAAGGGCCCCACCUCCUACAGCAAGGUCAGUUCCGAGCUGACUGAGGCGACUGAGAACUUCGACAUCAAUACAGAGCCAUCCAACCUGCAGGAUCGAUUCGGUGCUCUGAGUGGAGCACUUCAGAUGGAAGCUCUUGGACAACAAUUCGAAGCGCUCGUUGCAGAAGGAACGAGUGUUGAAGUGGCACCUGAGUCUCCCAAGGCCGAGGAAGCGCCCCAGAAGUACAAGGCAAAGAAACAAUGGUACAAGGGCGGAAAGGCCAAGAAGACCAAGUCGAAGGCCAGUAACAACAUCUCUACCUCCACAUCUUCUUCAAUGACUCCCGUUGAGGCUCAUUCCCGUGGAGCGUCUCAAGCUUCCAACAACCGCCCCGUAUCACGAACUUCGAAUAGUCGCCCUGAGUCCGCCGCUGGUAUGACAACCCAAUCGCCCACACGUUCGCAGCCUGCGGCAAAGAAGAAGAACAACAAGUCGCAAAGGAAGCGCAAGCAACCAUCCACUGCGGAAGCAUCUGCAGCUCCGGCGGGAAAGACGAAGAGCGCGGGACCUGAGGAUCAGGUCCGGGCGGUCUCUGUCAAGGAGUCCCCAACGAAGAAGCCAAAGACUCAACACCCUGGACCCGCAACCGAGACCCAGGGGCAGGCGGAACCCGAGCCAAUCGAGUCGGCGGAUAGUAUUCAGAGCAAGGCUGUCGUCAACAAGCAGGAUGACUCGAAGGAAUCCAGCUCUCAAAUCGACGCGGGCGGCUCAGUGUGCAUGGAGAAGGACCGAUCGCCACAAAAGCCUCUACAGAAGAGCGACUGCAGUGAUGAGCAAAACUCACUCCAGAAACAGGCGCCAACGGACCUGAAGGCCGUCUUCGAGAUACCCGCUGGCAAGGAUCACAACAACUGCUCACCCGAGGCGAACCUCUUCCCCAACCAGAAGUUCACCAUCGACAAGGUGAAGAGGGACUCGGCGAUGGCUCCGCCCACGAUGAAGGAGCCAGACGCCCGUCACAGGCAACCAAGCGCCAUGCAUUUUACCACCAAAGACGCACGCAUCGCCCUGCCCUUGCUGCCCCCCAACUCGAAGCCAACCGGCUGGGGUUCUGUUGCUUCAAGAGGGCCACGCCCCAAGAGCGACGAUCCAUUCACGACUGUGAAGGGCGAAGCGCAGCCGGAGGGCUGGUUGAGAGACAAGGCAGUCAAGACUCCGCAAAAGCCUAGCAGCGAACCAGCCUCGCACCAGACUUCCCCCACUCCCUCGCCAAGGAAGAAGGCAGACCACCAGGGUGGCAGGAGCAAGCUGAACGCCGCGGCCAAGUCCUUCGAACCCUCGUCUAUCCCGCCAUCUCCGACUGCGAGCGUUGUCUCAGUCCUCUCUGCCACAGCCAUCCCGUUCCACACGAAGAAGCCCUCUCUCCCAGGCCAGAAGGGACCUGUCGAGCAGCGCCUCGUCACGCCGGCAGAGCAGGUCACCGACCCCACAACUGUGACUCAGCCUGGUCCUCCCACCAAGGAGAAGAAGCGAACCGGCCCUGCCCCCGAUCGCAGUGGCGGUGGCGGCCAGAAGGAGCGUGCGAAGUCAUCUGACGCAGCAUCGGCGGCCCCGGCGAGCACAAAGAAGACGGCAGCACAGGCUGCGUCGGCCGUGAGCAUUGCGUCGAAACUGGUGGACGAGGAGGAGUUCCCGACGCUCGCGGCGGCGGCGGCGGUGCCCCAGAGACGAGCCUCGUGGGCCGUCAAGGCCUCUGUUCCAGCUGCAGGCGCGGCUUCGAAGACGGUCACCGCUGUUACACCUAAGACUAUAGUCGCCCCGAGGGCCCCGGUCACAUCGCCCAACAACAACAGGCUGGCGCAGCGAGGCGACGCACCGGCGCAGGCGGCUGACAAACAGGGUGUGGGCGUGGGCGAGAAGGCCAAGACGGGCGAGGACCAGUGGACGACUGUGGGAUCUGGCAAGAAGGCCGGCGGGAAGAAGAACGGCAGCGGCAACAACAACCGCUCUACCUCUGGCAAGUCCGGUGGCGGCGCCACAGGACAGGGCGGGAGAUCCGGUGGACAGGGAACGCGUGGUGGAAAGGCUCCUGUUGGUGAGGAGCGGAAGGGAGGUUGA